UCAAAACCUACUUACGUCUCUAAACGUUUAUUCACCAACAACAACCACCACCAUCACCACCAACCAAGAUGCGCAACGCCGUGUCCGCCGCCGCGAUGGCUCUGGCCGUAGGCUCCGUUUCGGGACAGAGCCUGUACGACAACUACAAGUACGGCAACCAGUUCUACUCCGGCCCGACAUCGGACGACUCGAUCUACAUCACGAAAGCGACGUACUCGAUGAAGCCGCCAGCGACGCCAUGCAACUACAAAGCGGGCGGCGAGGAGGAGCUGACGCUGUGGAUCGGGCUGCAGCCGAACCCGGCCAACACCGACGUGCUGAAGCUCGACUUUGUGCAGCCGCUGCUGGACUUCUCGCCGAACCUGAAGAACAUGGGCUGUGAAGGUGUUGCUGAUGAUCAGUGGUGCGUUGCGGCCAGCACGUACCACCCUGAUGAUGGCACCGGCAACCCCUACCAGCAGGGCCAGACUUACGUCCCGGUUCCUAAGGGCUCAACCCUCGACUUCGAGGUCAAGGUCGAUUCCGAGACCCAGGAGAUCGUCCAGACUGUCUCUGCGGACGGCAAGGUCAUCUCCACCCAGUCCGAUACCAAGGGCAUGAAGCCCCAAGUCUUCUACUCCGGCAACGAGUGCUACCUGCCCCCCUGCGGCACGCUGCAAGGCUACAGCUGGGACAACAUCGUCAUCGAGCUCAACAAGGCCGACAAGGCGUACGGCGACACGCUGACGCUCGACGGCGCCACGUCUGAUGGCGGGCUUCAGACCUCCGACGGCGGCAAGACUUGGACUGCCGAGUCUAUCAAGAUCGGAAAGGACUACUUCUAUUCUGAUGACUCUAAGACUGAGUGCUCGUAG